GUCAUACACUCCCCAAGGUAAACACUGUCCAAACUGCUAUUGGUAUUGGUCAGUUCUGCCUGUUUUGGAAUUUAUAUAUAUAUGUUCCCUCAUUCUUAACCAUUAUGCUGUCUCGUUUACUUGUCAUAAUGACCCUAGAGUCUAGAAAGUAGCUUUUUAAAAAUUAUUCCCAUUCUACAGAUGAAGAAAUUGAGCUAUCUGCAACCACUUAGAAACCGCCUUGAGGCCUGUGUCAGUGUGAUGGAAGCAGAAUUCUAACCCAGAUCCUUGGGGUUGACUGUUUGCAACAUCCCCUGCCUCACUGUCAACCGAGCCUGGAUUUCUGCUGUGAAACUCGGGAACACGUUAGAGAUUCAGGGAUGUUUGCGUGAACAAAUAUCCUGGGCCCUCACUGGUGCAGUGCUUCCUCUCAAAAGCCUUAUGGCAGCCCUUCUAGGGGACCCAUCUACUCCAGAGGGCUCUUCCUCCAGCCACAUGAGCUUCUGGGUUGCUUUUCAGGAUCUCCAGCAGAGUCCCACCUCAUAGUCUUUGUACUUGCUCUUCCCUCUGCUGGGAGCAGCAUCUCUUCCCCCAGGUACCUGCCUGGCAUUCUCUUUCACUGUUCCAGUGGCACCUCCUGAGCAAGGCUUCCCCCAACGCUGACUCCCUACCUGACCCCCUAUCUAAAUAACACAAUCCGUGCUCUCUUUUUCCACUCCCUUUUCCUUGGAGUGCUUAUUACCCUUGACCCCAUAUUCUAUAUAUGUAUUUGUUUAUUAUCUGUCUCCUUCCACUAGAACAUAUGUGCCAUGAGGCAAAAUGCCGUUUUGGUUGCUGCUUUUUUCCCAGGGCCCAGAUGUACGUGGCACACAGUAGACAAUAAAUCUUGAGUGGAAAGAGGAAUUAAUCAGCACGGAACUUCACCAAGAUACAAGUGGCCGCCAUGAAGGAAGGAUAAGUAGAAUUUAAAUUCACCACUUUGCUAACAGUGGCAGUGCCUGGACUUUAGCCAGAGUCUGGUCUUUAGCUGAGACAAAGACCGGAGGUUGGGCGAAGGGGCCAAACCCAGUGGGGCAGCUCAUCUGUUAGCCAGGAAGUCAGGGAUCCCUCUCCUGCCCCUCUCUGACUGCUAAUGUGACCCUCCCCCAAUGUCCCCAGACAGCCAAGGUGCCCCGCCUCAGAGCAUUAGAGAGGAGAACCAGCCGCAUAUUGUCAGAGGUGACAAUAGGGCUCCUGUGUGCCGCGGGUGGUUGGAGAGGGCAUGGACUCAGGCAAAUGAGCCGGGGUGCCCACAGAUAUAGAGGCAUACGGGUGGUCGGGGCUCUGCUUCCACAUCAGUGCUCGCUAGAAUGGAGGGCCACCUGAGGCAGUUCAGCCUGGUCAGGGGGCCCGAGGGGGCCGGGGACAGCCAGGCCCUGGCUAAGCUGCAGGAGCUGGCCCUGAUGUGGUUCACAGAGAUGCAGGCCCCCCUCAUUUUGCAGAAUGGAGCCCUGCCCCCCUGGUUUCACGGAUUCAUCACCCGCAAGCAGACAGAGCAGCUGCUCAGGGACAAAGCUCUUGGCUCCUUCCUCAUCCGCCUCAGCGACCGGGCCACCGGCUACAUCUUGUCCUACAGGGGCAGUGACCGCUGCCGGCAUUUUGUCAUCAACCAGCUCCAAAACCGGCGCUACCUCAUCUCAGGGGACACCCAGAGCCACGGCACGCUGGCUGAGCUCGUGCGCCAUUACCAGGAGGUGCAGUUUGAGCCCUUCGGGGAGACCCUGGCUGCUGCCUGCCCCCGGCUAGAGAACAGUGAUCUAUAUGACGCCAUCACCCUGGGCCUCCAUCAGACCAAUCUGGGCCUGGAAAACCCGCCUGCUGCAGUGUCCCCCACGGUGGUCCCAGACAAGGCUGCCAGCUCCUGCCCCUCUCCAAAGCCCCAGGUCUCCUUCCUCUACAAAAAGAAGAGCCUGGCAAGUCCCUGGAACCUCCCCAAGGAAGAAAGCAUGGAGGCCCCCGUCAAGGUGCCUCCCCUCCCGGAGAGGAGUGCUUCCCUUCUGGACGAGUCUUUUGGAGGUCCCCACAACAUCAUCUAUGCAGACCUGAGAAGGAUGGACCAGGCACGGCUAGGCCGGGGCACAGAUGUGUCUGGCAGGCAGGGGCCAGUCCCAGCCAGCAGCCAGGUCUUCUCCCCAGGCAAGGAGGCCCUGAGGAGACUCUCAGAUGGAAGCCGGAACAAGCCUGAUGGCCCGGGACCUGCCCUCUCUGGGGUGAGCCCAGACCAUGGCCCUAGAGUGUCUCCCACUUCUUGGGCCCUCCUGCCCCCCAGUUCUGAGGCUCUAGGAUCCUCAGCUGCUACCUGGAGUCAGGGGUCUCCAAAACUGAGCCGUUCUGCAGACAUCUAUGAGCUCAUCUGGGCAGAAGGCCUCCUAGAGGAGGCCAGGGAUGUGCCAGACCAAGAAGGCAGCAGUACCUACGAGCAGAUCAUAGUCUGCUGGGGUGGCCCAGCCAGGCCCCCCUAGCCUGGAGCAAGUCCCACAUAUAGCAAGCUUUCAGGGUCCACAGACUGUGGCUAUGAGAGGAUAUUGGGGGCCCCGGAGCUCCCAGAGCCCAGGAACACCUAUGAACUCCCGGCAGCCAGGAGCAAGGAGACUGGACGGACACAUAAGGGGGGCUCCAUGGGUGGGGUGAUACGAGGGACCUGUGGCCCUCAGGCAUGGCAGGCCAGGUCACUGCCACUGCCCAGAACUUUCCAGCCCUAACUUCUGCUUAGAGAUGGUGGGAGAGGCAGAUGUUAGGUUUGGAUGUAAGAUGGAGGCUUCCAGGCCCUUCUGAUGUCUUUCUCUGUGGCAGACUAGGACUCCUGUCCCUCCCUCUUGGCCACUGCAAGCGUCUCAGAGCCUCAGAGAGGUGGACAAGGGCCCUGGCUCCAGGUCUGACUUGCCUUGGCCCUUUUCAUGGCUCAGCCGCUCCCUAGCCACGUGGCUUUGGGCAAGAUAGUUUCCCCCACAACUAAGAUUGCCAGAUUUAGCAAGAUAAAAUACAAGGUGCCCAGUU